UAACCGCAGGGCGAUUUGACCUUAGGGAGCUUCGGAGGGGAGGGAACAGGAAGUGGAGAUUGCAAGUAGGGAUAUGUUGCCAUAUCAGAGUGAAAAGCGGAGGGAGAGGGGAGCCCAGGUCAGACUUCGAAGGCUAGACUAAGGAGUUUGUGCUGAAUCUGGCAGCAGAGAGGAAAGACAGAUAAUUAACCUGUUGAUUGGAAUUCUGAAAUGUUGGCUUAAACGACUGCGUGAAGCAUCUGUAUCAUCCCAGGCUACAAUUGCUUUGGAGAAAAGGCAUUUAGGAAACAUCAAAUACAACAGGUUUUUAUUGGCCCUUAUCCAGGAACCCUCAGAUAAAGUUUUUGGUCAAAAAUGCUUACCUCUCUGCUUAAGUGUAUUAAAAAGGAACUGAAUUAGACUAUUUUUGUCCACCUGAUUUUUGAUGCAGAAAGACUGCUGUGUUACACUUUUCAGGAUGCAGUUAACAUGAUUACAGAUCAGUUUUCUACAUGGUUACUUGAUCCUUAAAGAGCAGAACUUGCUGCAGCACCUUCGCUGUAACCUCAGCCCAAAAGAAAUCCAGUUAGGAGUUCUGGGAGAGGUAUCAUGGAGCGGAGGUAUCAAGGAUAGUCACGCAGAGCUGGAAGGCUGAAAGUGACCACAGAAGUCCUAGGCAGAGGUUGCAGAUAUUGAGAUGAGUGAGGGCAAGAUGGGGAAGAAGUACCUUCCUAAGAGGCUCCAGUAGCCAGGCAGGUUUGCACUGAUCUUUCACUCUUUUUAAGCAUCUUUGAUAGCUUUGUUAAGAAUAUGGCAGACAUCUGCCCUGUGUCAUUUUCUGGGACACUGAUCCAGAAUUGUCUGGUCUCUGCCUUCCUGGAUGCUUUUUUUGCAUGGUGUUCCUAGUAAUGCUUUAUGUUUUUCUUAGAUCUGAACCAGAGCACACUUGGAUCCCAUUAUGAGAAUGCUCACUGGGAAAGAAUCUUUUCCAGUAGUGACUCCAGCACAAACUGGGAUAAAACUGUUGUAGACAGCUCAGAGAAGGAGGCAUGGCCCUCGAUCACCGGCAGUGACUUGGAGCUGGCUUCAGAAUGUAUGGACGUUGAUUCUGCCUCGAGUUCCGGGUCAGAGAGGAACAUUAUUAUGGCCUCACGGGGCCAGAGCAGUGAAGUAAGCAACCUACAAAACGGCAUUGGACAUGGUAAUCAGACCAAGCUUGUCAGCAGUAGCAACAGCAAUAAUGUGAGCAGCGGAAGCAUUAGCGGGUCAUGGGGUGUGUCUCUUGGUGCCCUAAUGAGCACCUGUCCAAUUUCAGCAGAUGCUUCCAAUGGUAUAUCUGAAAGUAGCAACAAUAGAAUGAAUGCUUGGGGCACCCCCAGUUCAUCCAAUGAAGAAUUAAAUUCCAGCACUUUGACGUCAAAUGGCCACUGUGGUGCCUGGCCUGUCUUGGAGAACAGCGGGCAUGCCCUGAAAGGGCCCCGAGGAAAUGGUAGCUGCAGCACAGGUGCCGUUCAGAUGGUGAACAAUCAGAGCGUGAACUCUAGCCUUGGCAGCUCCUGGGGCAGCCUCCAGGAAAACUGUGAUUCCCAAUUAAAUGGUACAAGGAAACUUUCACGGAGUGGGCAGCCUCAGAACCCGAACCACGAAGUGAAUGGACCAAAUAGUAACACUACUAACUUUAUGACCUCUAGUUUACCAAACCCUGCUGGUUCAAUGCAGACAACUGAACUGGCUAGUAAUACAGGGCCUGGGACCUGGGGCAGGAGCACCAAAAGUAAUCGGCCUCAGCCACCAGCCUCCCCAGUAACAAAUGGCACUUCCAUCUCACACCUGAGCAAUGGUGACACAAAAAAUGGGGGGACUCCUGGUACUAGGUGGGGUACUUAUGGCCCUGGUUACUCCAUAGACACCUGUCCUGACUCAAAUAGCCAAGCUAAUAAUGACACUGUGAAUGCAACUCCAAUGCAGCCUGGGCUCAGUAGGACAGCUAGCUCAAACGUGGAAAUAAGUGAGGAUCAGCGAACAGGGAUAUGGGAGGUGGCAGGCAUGGGCAAUAGCCAGAAUGGUGCUUGGGGGCCUAGAAGUGGAAUGGGUCCUGGAGGAGCCCGGAGAGGUUCUGCCCAAAAUGCCAACGUAACAGAUGGUGAAUGGAACAAACUGCCAAGUAAUCAUUCCUCUGAAGCCAUCAGUGGGAAUGGGAAGAUGUUUACCAAUGAGUGGAAAUCUGCCGAGGAGGAAAAGGCAGGUGUUGACCCCCAAUGCUGCACAGCACCCCAGGCCAUAGAACAGAAUGGUGGAUGGACUAAGGCCAGUGCUGGAAAUAGUGACGGCAAUCCUGAAGGCCCUGAGGAGCGGUCCACCACAGAAGGGGCAAGCCACGAAAGAAGGAAAGUUGACCAGCAAACCCUGCUUCAAAGUAUAGUGAACAGAACUGAUCUGGAUCCACGUGUCCUUUCCAAUUCUGGUUGGGGGCAAACCCCAAUAAAACAAAAUACAGCUUGGGAUACAGAGGUGACCCCAAAGGGAGAAAAGAAAGCUGACAAUGGAACAGAAGCCUGGGGAGGUUGUGUGGCCCAAGCCUGCAGUUCGGGGGGAGCUAUGGAGAGGCCCCAUCUACAUGGGCACAGUCCUUCCCCUGGGAUGGGGUGGAGUGAGCCUAAAUCUGUAACAAGAUGGGGAGACUCCAGAGUCUCCAGCAGCCAAGGAGGCUGGGAAGAGGGCACAACUCCUGCACUGGCCAAGAACAGUCAAUCGUGGGCAACAGGCCAAGAGGUCCGGUCUUCAUCACUGACCUGGAGUGACACAGAAAAGCUCAAACAGGGAUGGGGAGAAGGGCCAAAAGCAAGCCCUGGAUGGGCUGUUCCAGCUGUCGACAGCUGGGGGGAGAACAUGAGGAACAAUCAUUGGGGCGAGUUGAAGAAGUCUAGUUCUGGCAGUAGUGACAGUGACCGGUCAACCACCUGCUGGAAAGAGCCUGGUAGAUCAAACUCUGGACGGUGGGGUGGGGGGAAUAGCAGCAGCACAAAGUCAGGCAACGCUUCAGGAUGGGAGGAGACUGCCAAGCCAAAUCAAAGCCCAGUGUGGGGGGAAUCCCCCAAGCCAAAUCGCUCACAGAGUUGGGGGGAGGCUUCCAAGCCCUCUGGAUCCCCAGACUGGAGCAAGCAGCAAGAUGCCGGGUGCUGGGGGGGCCCAUCAGCUGCUGCUGUUGCUACUGCUCCUGCAAGCAAGCCAUCAGGUAUAGGGUGGCUGGGGAAACCCAUGCCAGCCCCAGUUAAAGAAGAAGAGCCCACUGGGUGGGAAGAGCCAUCCCCAGAGUCCAUUCGUCGUAAAAUUGAGAUUGACGACGGAACUUCUGCAUGGGGUGAUCCAAGCAAAUACAAUUACAAAAAUGUGAACAUGUGGAACAAGAACACCCCAAAUUCUGUUGGCCGAUCAGACGUGCAAGUGCAAGUGCAUCAGCAGGGGCUGCCUUCAAGUUCUGCAGCCGGCAUGGAGAACGGGGCUGGGAGUAGCUCCGGUUGGGGGGAGCCUCCUCCUGCACCUGCUACAGUAGAUAAUGGCACAUCAGCAUGGGGUAAACCUGUUGACACUGGUCCAAGUUGGGGAGAGUCUGUCAGUGAUACCACCGGUGCCAGUAGCUGGGGAAAUGCCUCUGGCGGGCAGCAGGCUUCUAAUAAAACAGGACCUAAGUCUAUGCAAGUUCCCGACGGUUGGUGUGGGGGUGAUAUGCCUUUGACAGGAAAUCAUCCAGCCAGCUGGGAGGAAGAGGAGGAUGUGGAGAUAGGAAUGUGGAACAGCAACUCGGUGCAAGAUGCCAGUGCACCUUUGCAUUGGCCACCAUGCUCAAAAAAGUUGCCUUCUAAGGGAACAAUGAAAAAUGGAAAUAAGCAAGAUGAAAUGUGGAUAAAUCCAUUUGUGAAGCAAUUUGCAAAUCUUGGGUUCCCUAGAGACUUGCCAGAAGAAAUGAUGCAGAGCAAUAAGAUAGAUCUAUCUGGAGGAAUCUUGCCUGACAAGCGGAUGGAGGUGGAGAAGCAUAACCUGAAUGUUGGCGAAGGCAGCCGGGUGAUUGGGAAAAGUCCUGGCUCCCGUCCCCAGAUUUCCAAAGAGUCUUCCAUGGACAGAAGUCCUUAUUUUGAUAAGGAUGGCCUGGUAGCAGAUGAUUCCCCAAACAUGCAGUUCAUGCCCAGUCAGAAUGGGAAGUUCCCCCCUUCCAACAGUGCACUACCUAACCACGUCCUUGGCUCCCUAACAGGGCUGAGCAUGCAAAGCUUGAAUUCUGUUAGACAGAACGGCAAUCCCAGUACGUUUGGAAAUCUCACAGCACAACCCCGGAGUAUUCAGCCGUCUCCAGCACAGCCUCUUCAUUCCUCUCAGUCUAACCCCCGCGCUCAAGUGCCUCCUCCAUUACUCUCCCCUCAGGUUCCAGUAUCGUUGCUGAAGUAUGCACCAAACACCGGGGGCCUCAGCUCACUGUUUGGCCCACAGCAAGUAGCCAUGUUGAACCAACUCUCCCAGUUGAACCAACUCUCCCAGUUACAGCGAUUGCUGGCCCAGCAGAGGAAAGUGCAGAGUCAGAGAAGCACGCCUGCCAGUGGCCGCCAGGAGCAGCAGCAGCAACAGAAUCGCUCUCUCAGUAUGCAGCAACAAAUGAUGCCACCAUCUUGUCAGCUUGAUCCAAAUCUGCUCAUGAAGCAGCAGGUGCCUCCAUCACAACAGCAGUUCCAUCAGACCGCCAUAAAAUCUUUCCUGGAGAAUGUUGUGCCCCAUGCUAACCAAGAGUUGCAGAAAGGGCCAUCUCAGAUCAAUGCAUUCAGCAACUUUCCUAUAGGAUUGAACGCAAACUUGAAUGUAAAUAUGGAUAUGGGCAGUAUUAAGGAGCCGCAGUCCCGGCUGAGAAAGUGGACAACUGUGGACAGUAUUUCUGCCAACACAUCUCUGGAUCAGAAUGCCAGCAAAAAUGGUGCUAUUUCCAGUGGCUUUAGGAUGGAGGAGACGUCCUUUGUUCCUUACGACUUCAUGAGCAGUAGUAACUCACCAGCCAGUCCACCUGGAUCUGUGGGGGAUGGCUGGCCACGUGCCAAAUCACCGAACGGUUCAAGCAGUGUCAACUGGCCACCAGAAUUUCGCCCUGGUGAGCCGUGGAAAGGUUAUCCAAACAUUGACCCAGAAACUGACCCUUAUGUUACUCCUGGCAGCGUCACAAACAGCCUGUCAAUUAACACUGUGCGGGAGGCUGACCACCUCAGGGACAGGAACAGCGGGUCAUCCUCAGCUCUGAACACCACGCUGCCUUCAACUAGUGCCUGGUCAUCCAUUCGUGCCUCCAACUACAAUGUUUCCCUCAACAGUACAGCACAAAGCACUUCUUCAGCCAGAAACAGUGACUCCAAAUCAACUUGGUCUCCUGCUUCCGUUAGCAACACCUCUCUGGCCCAUGAGCUAUGGAAGGUUCCUUUGCCACCCAAGAGCAUCACUGCUCCGUCACGCCCGCCACCUGGAUUGACUGGGCAGAAGCUGUCUCUGCCCACAUGGGAUAACUCUAUGCGACUUGGGGGCGGCUGGAGCAAUUCGGAUGCUAGAUAUACCCCUGGUUCCAGUUGGAAUGAGAAUAGCAGCUCAGGGAGAAUCACUAACUGUCUUGUCCUGAAGAACCUCACACCUCAGAUUGAUGGCUCCACCCUGCGGACACUCUGCAUGCAGCAUGGGCCCCUGAUCACAUUCCACCUGAACCUCCCCCAUGGCAACGCUUUAGUCCGGUACAGCUCAAAAGAAGAGGUGAUGAAGGCACAAAAAUCCCUCCACAUGUGUGUCCUCGGGAACACUACAAUUCUGGCUGAGUUUGCCAGCGAAGAGGAGAUUAGCCGCUUCUUUGCACAAGGCCCGUCUCUAACCCCUUCCCCUGCCUGGCAAUCUCUGGGCACCAGCCAGAACCGCCUGGGGACUGUGGACAGCCCCCACGCAUUCUCCAACCGCAGUGACCUGAAUCCUCACUGGAGCGGUCCUGGGCUUUCAGGAACAAGCAGUGGAGACCUCCACGGCACGUCCCUUUGGGGCAGUCCAAACUACACCACCAGCCUCUGGGGUUCCCUGGGCAGCAGCGACGCCAGGGGCCUUGGCAGCCCAUCCCCGCUUAAUGCGUUUCUCUCCGUUGACCAUCUCGGGGCCGGGGGGGAGUCCAUGUAACCUUCUGUCCUUCUUUCAGUGGGAAAAACUGUGACCUCAAAGCAGCACUAAAUUUGGAUUCCCCCCCCCCCCAUCUGCAGCCUCUAGGGGAAAUUUCAACUGUGGAAAUGGUUACGUCGUGCACAUUUUUCCUCUUUGUUUUAGCCCAAAACAUACCAGUUUGAAUACUUGAAUCAUGCAGGCCAAUAUUAUAAUGUGAAAAGUGAAUAGAUUUACAUUUCCAGGUAGUACUAUACAUAGUUCAGCAGUUUCCUACAUAAGAUCAGUUUACUUUGUUGUUUUCCUUGAUUUUUUUUUCCUUUGGCAAAUUGCUGAAAAUGUUGGAGUUUGAGCUUUUUAAGCUUUGCACAGACUUGGUCCUUCCCCCUACUCUACA